AUGGAUGCACGCGGGAAGUUUGGAAAGCACGAGAAAAGCAUGCAGUUCAACCAAACGUAUGUUCCCAACGAAGGACCACUACAAGUAAAUAAACCCAUGGAGCAAAUAUACUACAAUCAAGUGCUGCCACAAAAUUGCUCAAACAUCCCCGACUGCCCUGCCGCCUGGGAAACACUGCAACAGAGAGAAAGUGUGGAGGAAUUUCAACAAGAAAGCGAGCAAACUACGAACAACCUGUAUUCCAAAGGUCAUCAAUCCUCGGGAAUGCCAUUGUCUAAUCGAAGAGAAAGGAAUCGAGAAAGAGAGCGCAAAAGGCAGACGCGUCUGAAGGGGGCGUUUAACGUGCUUCGCAGCGUAAUACCCGAUCACUUUUCCGAGAGAGAGCCCGGAGACAGGUUGUCAAGAAUCCAAACUCUAAGACUGGCAAGGAAGUACAUUGCUGCAUUACAUGAAUUGUUAGAGACAUGUCAGUAG